UGCCCUUAACUAUGUGUGCUUAUUCGUCUUCCUGUCAAGGCAUGUGUUUUCGUCUGACCCUCUGGCAGUAAGCUUUCCCUGUAGUUGGAUACACUUAACGUUGCGGAAAGGAUGUUAUCAAGGAAGAGAAUUGGUCAUGUUGUGUGGAGUCCAGUUAUGUAGUGUUACUUCUGAGCUAGUGCGAUAGCGAUUAAGUAGUUUCCCAGAAGACCUAUUGUUUGCCAAAUGUAAACACUAGUAGCAUGCUUUGCCCAUCUCAGUUAGCAUUUGUUUAGAUAGAAGAUCAACGUUAUUAGAUGCAGAAACGUGGCAUCAGCAGUGGUCUACGUCACAUUCAAUACAGUUGGAGUUUGGUCCAUGUAUUGUAUUUCAUUACUCAUAAUUUUCGUGGUACCAAGGGUACCUCGGGCUGUCAAAUAGACUAGCCUCCUCCGGCUUCAGGUGUUAGGUAAAGCACCAAGGGAAGGAAACUGGCGUAGAUGCUAACAGAUAAGGGACAGGUAGCUUUUGGUCCUCUUUGUUAGUAAUCACCGGUAAGCCCCCGCUAGAUCAGGGUGAAGUGACAAAGUGCUCCAUCAGUGAACUUCUCUGACAGACGCUCUGCAUUCAGCCCUUAUCUUUGGCGGCCCAACUCCGCAUUCACGCCAUUGACAGGAACAAUACAGCCUCUUCCCCCCUCUGACAGUGCUGAGCAAAUGACGUUUGGGUGGGGUCGUCAGUGGGUGCGUUCAUGAUGGCCAGACCUCCGCCGGACCCCCAGUACAUCCUGAGGGGGGUGGGGGCCGCCGUGAACACACUCCACUUCAGCUGCGACAGGCCGGACCCCCCUCUUCUGUUCUCUGGCUCAACAAAAGGGGCUGUCCACAUAUGGAACCUGAACACAAGAAGGCCUGAGAAAGUUCUAGAAGGCCACAGGGGCUCCUCCGUCAUCUGGGUGAGCACUCUGAGCAGAGAAACUGUCCUCAGCCAGGGCAGGGACAUGCGCGUGUGCCUGUGGCCGCUGUCUGAGGGCCGCGGCGGCGAGGCCGGCGACUCCCUCCACACGGGCAGCGUGGGCUUCUGCCAGUGCUCUCUGCUGAUCAGGGGGCCCGACAGCAGCCUGCUGGCAUACGCCUCGGAGCAGAUGGAGGAGGUGAAGGUCAUGGAGUUACCAAGCAAGGUGCCAGUUUGCUCCCUGAAACCAGACAAGAAGCUGGGCAUGGUUAUGUGCCUGAAGAUAUGGCAGCCAGAUGCCGGUGAGGGUCCUCGGCUGGUGGCGGGGUAUGAGGACGGCUCGGUCUUGCUGUGGGACGUGACCCAGGGGCGUCUCCUCGGCAGCCUGAGUGCCCACCCGGAGCCCGUCAUGUGCCUGGACUUUGACCCCGGCCGCCGGCGCGGCGUCUCGGGCUCUGCCGAGAACGCCAUCCGCUCCUGGACGCUGGACGGACAACAGAACCUACAGCAGCAGGAGUCUGUGGAACUGCUCAACCCCGGGAUCUCUCAGCUGCGGAUCCGCGGGGACGGCAAGAUCCUGGCCGUGGCCGGCUGGGACCACCGGAUCCGCGUGUUUGGCUGGAAGAGGCUGAAACCGCUCGCUGUGCUCAAGUGCCACACGGACAUGAUGCUGAGCGUGGCCUUCUCUGACCAUGCUGACCCUACCAAGAGACUGAUGGCAGCGGGCUCCAAAGACCAGCGCAUCAGCGUCUGGUCCAUAUACAACCAGAACUAAGCCAAGUACAUCACAAGCAAAGUGCAUCCGUUUGCGUCAGUGAGACUAGCAGAGAGACAAGCACAGACAAAUCUCAUCAGCUUGCAUCAAUGAGUCUACUUUUUUUUGUUGACCAGCUUUACUACUUUUCGAAGCAUCGUUGUAAUUUUCCUUUUUUAUCAAUGACGGCUCUCUUUUUUUUUUUAGCAGCUCAUACUGAAUAAUCUCUUGUUUUUGGACGCCAGAUGUAACACUCCCAUUCGCUGAUUAUCACAGACCUCUCGGGGAACACGCUCCAGGGUGAUGUCAGCCAUCCAAGAACAAGCACUAAAUACGUAAAAAUUAUACCCCUGCACUCUCCUGCAAUCUACCAUGUUAAAAACAGAUGCUGCGCUAGUGGAAAUGUUACAUAUUUUAAUCUGUCUGCUGCAAAGCAUUUCUCUUUCUUUUUUCCUCCUCCCGUGCUCAACGCUGUUUGCUUUUUCUGCUCCAAGAUUUGCUUUAGCAGGCUUGAAGUUGCACCUGAGUUCCAAGGGUAUUGCAGCGUUUCCCAACCCCCCACUCCAGCCCAGAUCCAGCCCCUCAGUUUACCAUUGCCCUCGAGUCUGACCCAGCCUGCAUUCAUCACACAAGGUUAAUCACUGGUCUACGGACAGCAGAGACAAGGCUGUUUGUUAGCAAGAUUCAUUGGAGGAGUUUACCUUUAGUUUCCCCUCCUGUUAGGAAGACAGUCUUUUCUCUGUGUUGUAGUAGAAACCACGCCUGGGUUUCUAACUUGUGGUUCCUGCGGCAAAAAUGGUCCAAACAAACAGCGUAGAGUUGUUUGACUUCAUCUGUUGUCUUCAGUGAUUAUUAAAACAUCAUAGCUGCUCUUGUUUUCUUAACUUUUUGGACAUGUAAAUGUAUUUACUUCCACUGUCCAAAACAGUUAUGCAAGGUGUAAAUUAAAACUUGACAACAAAUAA